ACACAGAGGAAGAGAAGACGAAGAAUAAGGCGACCAUGUUGAUUUAAAGGAAGAAGAAACACAAAAGAAACGAUUUAUUUCAACUAAAAAUCAGUUAUUAUAGCGAAUUGUAAAGAAAUUGGUUGAGCAACCGCACACUGAGUAUCCUAUGUAAAAUAAAAGAGAAACUAAGGUUACAAGAUUGAGUUGUUGGCUGACUUUUGAGGAGGCAGCGGGUUAAUCACGGCCACACUCACACACCGACCUGAAGACCUGUGGUGCCCGGCGAGAGAGGGUCAAACACCUGGAGGAGAAAGGAAACGCACACUGAGGACUAAAAAGGGGUGGAAAGCUUUUUGGCUUUGGACUAGAAACCCCCUUGUAUUUGUGAAUUCAGGAUCCAGUUUUUUUCACACAGUCGAGCGACGUAAUCCACACAGUGGAAAUAAUAAAAGGAAAUCAUUACAGACCUUAUGAUUUUGGGGAAAUACUUGUACAAAGUUGGACAACCUUUUUUUCAAGGACGGGAAUAUUGAGCAACUCUUUGGACUCAAAGAGGAAGUUUUGUUCAAUUUGAAACAAAAGCAUUAAGCAUUGAACUAAGAUUAUUUUGAAGAGGCUGUUCCCCAAGUUCAGAUUGCCUUAGUUGUUCUAAUUCAGGACUUGAACCGCUUUGAUACUUGUUCACAUAUAAUUUUUCUAUUUGUGGGCAAGUAUAUUCAUGCAAAUGAGUGCAAAUUUCUCUUCAUUUUGAAGAGCUCUUGUGUAAAAACGUGUUUUUUUGUUGUUGUUCUUGUACGUCAGUCACUCUGUUGUUGAAGGGGACCGAACUGCACGUACAUGUGUAUAUGUAAAUACUACAAAUUGACUUCUGUUGGACUCAAAAAGAAUAGAGAAUAUUGUUUGUUAAUGCUUUAUUAAACUUUUUUACUUUUGAAGAGAAUUUUUAAAAAGAAAAACCUAAGAGGCAAACAUCUAAUACUUUGAAGAAGAAAAAAAAACAAGGAAAACAGGAAUAAUGGCAACAGCCAGAACAGAAAACUCUGGCCCCGUCCUCAUGGGACUGAACAAGCAGAACGGGCAGCUCAGAGGACAGACCAAACCAGCUCCAGUCCAGCCAGCACCCACAACUCAAGGAAAGGCUCCGGCUGCACCCCAGACAGUGGGCGGUGCCGCUCAGGACGGAGGAGGCAUCAAGUUCGGAGACGACUGGAAGAAGAGCCUAAAGCUCCCUCCCAGAGACGACAGAGUCAGAACCUCUGAUGUGACGUCUACUAAGGGGAAUGAGUUUGAAGAUUACUGUCUCAAAAGAGAACUCCUGAUGGGUAUCUUUGAGAUGGGUUGGGAGAAACCUUCCCCUAUCCAGGAGGAGAGCAUUCCCAUCGCCCUGUCUGGACGGGAUAUUCUGGCUCGGGCUAAGAAUGGAACGGGAAAAAGUGGAGCCUAUCUCAUCCCAAUGCUGGAGAGAAUAGACCUGAAGAAGGACUACAUACAGGCACUUGUCAUGGUGCCCACCCGGGAGCUGGCACUGCAGGUGAGCCAGAUCUCCAUCCAGAUCAGCAAGCACCUGGGGGGGGUCAAAGUCAUGGCAACCACAGGGGGCACCAACCUGCGAGAUGACAUCAUGCGUCUGGAUGAGACCGUGCAUGUGGUCAUUGCCACGCCUGGUAGGAUCCUGGACUUGAUAAAGAAAGGAGUUGCAAAAGUGGAUAGAGUCCAGAUGAUGGUGAUGGAUGAGGCGGAUAAGCUGCUGUCUCAGGAUUUUGUGGUGCUCAUUGAGGAUAUCAUCAGCUUCCUGGCCAAGCACAGGCAGAUCCUGCUCUACUCUGCAACCUUCCCCAUCAGCGUGCAGAAGUUCAUGUCCAAGCACCUUCAGAAACCCUACGAGAUAAACCUGAUGGAGGAGCUGACUCUGAAGGGCAUCACUCAGUACUACGCCUACGUCACGGAGAGGCAGAAAGUCCACUGUCUCAACACGCUGUUCUCCAGGCUUCAGAUCAACCAGUCGAUCAUCUUCUGUAACUCCACUCAGAGGGUGGAGCUGUUGGCCAAGAAGAUCACUCAGCUGGGAUACUCCUGCUUCUACAUCCAUGCCAAGAUGAUGCAGGAAUACAGAAACCGUGUGUUCCACGACUUCAGAAAUGGACUGUGCAGAAACCUGGUCUGCACUGAUCUGUUCACCAGGGGCAUUGACAUCCAGGCUGUCAAUGUGGUCAUCAACUUCGACUUCCCCAAGAACGCUGAGACGUACCUCCAUCGCAUUGGAAGAUCAGGGAGGUUCGGUCACCUGGGCCUGGCCAUCAACCUGAUCACAUCAGAGGACCGCUUCAACCUGAAGUCCAUCGAGGACCAGUUGGUGACCGACAUCAAGCCCAUCCCCAGCAGCAUCGACAAGAGCCUCUACGUGGCCGAGUUCCACACUUCCGGAGGAGACUGCGACGUGGAGGAGAUCGAGGAGAAACCAGGACGCCAACAGGACGGCAAAUAAUAACAGGACACGCCGGGCUUUAGCACAGACAACACGCGAGCUUCAGGCAACUCUUCAGUUUCUCUUGUUUUCAAAGCCUGUCAAAUGGAUGAAAGGGUGUUUUUUUAUUUUUAAGCAUUUCAUUAUCUUUUUCUCCAAAAAAGCUUCAUUCUUAUCAUUUUUUUUUUUAUGAAUUCAGAAGCAAUAUUGUUUUGCACCAAACUCAUGGACCAUGCAUCCUGCGUAUGAGCCUAGUGUGUUUACUAGUAUCUCAGUGACACAGCAGCGCAAAUGAGCAUCAAAGCUGUUCAGAAGCCGUCGCUCCUGGAGACGCUUUCCAUUAUGGCAGCCUCUUUAACGUUGAAGCGGUGCACUUCCAGCGGCCAUCGUCCUGUCCACUCACACUGUUGUCGUCACUCAAGUGCCUUACUUAUACUCCCAUGUGCACUCAUCCAUUCAUAGCCUGCUGUCUCCUGUCACUGUGCAGCAGAGUACGAGCACAACUACGAUGAAUUUAACCUAAACCCCAGUUAAUUAAAAAACAUCCAUUAUGCAAGGGAAAAGACAACACAAACAAACAAUCUGCGUAAAAAAACAUCCUGAAUGAACGUUUAUUUUUCAUGUGAACGUUGCAAUAAAAAAAAAAAGGGCAGCUUUAUUUAAAUACUGCGUGAAUGUUUUUCCCUUUCCCUAUGAAUAAUACAGAGUUUAGAUGGGUACAAACACAAGGCCCCAUACUAAUUCAUGGAUGUUAGCCGCUCAGCAGCACGGGGGAUUAAUAGCAGCCUCAUGCUGUGACAUUAUGGCUGUUCUAUAUAAAUACGAAAUAACAUCCUAUUAGGCUGGUGAAUACUGUAAACCCAUUGGCCAGGGAAGCUGUUGAUGACAAACUGUCCUCCUCCUGCACGCUGCUACAGCACAGGAGCGUCAGAGGCGGCUUCUCAGCAGCUUUGAUGGAAACAUUUGACGAUAAUAAGCGGAUACACAUUUCAGUAACAACGGGUCCAAGGAAUACAUUUUUUUUUAUGGAGUUUUGUGCAAAACAAGUGUUAAUUUUUCCCGACUGCUUCAGAUUAAUUAAGAUUUUGUGGAAAAACAAGGAGCAUUUUUGCAAAUCCUAAUUUUUUUUUUUAAAGCCCCAUCAUGAUCAAAUUGAAGUUGGUGAAUGUUUAUGUGAAUACUCUAUCCCAAUGCCAAGCUCACCAGCAUAUUUCCCAGUGUUUAGUUGCUGCUGUUGCAUUAGAAACUCCUCUUCUGGCUGUAUGAGCUUGAAUACUGGAUUAUGAGACGUUGUCAUAAAGUCUUUAAAGGGACAACAUUGUCCUUCAAUUGAACUGAAAAUCAGUUUUCUUUCUGAAGCGGCAGCAAUAUCUUUUUUUUUUCAGCACAGAUAUGUUUGAUAAUUAUUCUAAAGAUGUGAGGGGUGGGCUCUGUGUUUGAAAGCAAAAUUGUAGCAUCUCUGAACAGGCAGCUGUGACCUCCUUAUUUUUUUGGUUUUGUUCCCCUCCCCUAACAGAGCGUCACAAAUGAUGAGAAAAUAGACAUAAAAAAGAAAGUAUUUUUGCUUUUAAGAUUUAUUUUUUGAUGUUGCUUAAAGGUGUUUUUAAAAUGGGGGCAAGGAGCUGUGAGGCUUCCUUGGGUAACUGGAGGUUUUUUUUUUUUUGGUGGGUUUGCAAAAGCCAAGUGUUUUAUCAGAUGCUCUCUGGGCAUCUUCUCUCUGGUACUUAAAGCAAAGACAAAAGCUUUGAUUUCAAGUUGAUUUCCUUCACAAUCCCUUGUUUUCUCCAUGUUUUAAGUUCCAGAGAGAGCGUUGAGUUAAACAGGAGGGGGUUUCUGGAAAUCGUGGCAGCGCUAAGAUCUUCUUGAACCUGUUCCAUGUUUGUGUGACGGAUCGAAGCGCCACCACAUAUUUCCAGCACCUCGUUUCGUUCUUGGGCAAUCUUUAUACGAGGUGUCAUGAAUCAUUUUGAGGAAACACAAUUGUAAAUGAUUCAUUGUUUACACUAGUCGUUUACAAUUCUACAAAAAAAAUAAGAAAAUACUUUGCUUCAUGAACGAGGAGGUUUCUUUUCUUCUUUGAAAUAGAAAGUUGGGAUUUACUUUGAAGCAAACCAAAAAAGGAGAAUGUGUGUGUAUGAAAGAUGUGUUUUUGAAUGAGUUGAGGUGUGUGUGUGUGUGAGAUACAUGCGACUGUUAAAAAAUGUUUGUCUUUUGAGAGAGAGAGAGAAGCUGAUUUUGUUAAAGAAUCGUUAAGUUUACAUGCAGCUUCAACUAAACCAGAAAAUAUGACAGUUUCAAAGACAUUGGAGCCAACUUGGUUAAUUGUGUGGAUCAUUUAGAAUUAUAAUAACAUUGAGGCUGCAUGUAAACAUAACCAUGUCUUUUUUUUCUGUUUUCAUGUGCAGACUCGUCUUGUUUCUGUUGGCGAUGACUUAAAUAUCAGUAUGUCUGUUUACAGUUGUCAGGGAUGUGAUUUAUUGUUUCACCUUUUCCAUCUUUCUUCAUCCCAGGAGCUCAAUUUGUGGACAUAAUUCUCAUUUCUAAGGGCAAAUGUCACUUGUUAUUUAAAAAGUUUUAUGUCUCUUAUCACAUCCCUGACAGUCAUUCCAUGAUCUCCUUUGUGACUAAUAUAACAUCAGAGAUUACACAUACAGUAAUAGGGGAUCCUUUUGUUACUUGGUGGGAAUAUUUGGGCAAUUUUUCCAAAGAGAUCAUUUUACCUCCCUGAUCUUGUCAUAAACUCAACAUUGGCUACAUUUUAGACUCGACAUUAGACGUCAUCCCAGACUUUUACCUCAACCGUAAAGUAAAAAAAUUCCCCGUUAUUACAACUUUUUUUUUUCCAUACACAAUACUGAUAAAUGGAGACAUUAAACUCAAAUCUAAGUCUCUAGGAGUCUUCAACCGAAGUCACAAAGGAGGAUAUGAUCAAUUCUGAUUGUUGAUUUUGUCAUCUGGUGUUAUCGAGACAUCUUUGUGUGUGUGUGUCAGGAGUGCGGACACGGGGGGGAGGGAUAUUUGUCAAACUUAUUUGGAAGAAAAACAUUUAAAAGGGUGACUAUUUGGAUUCAAACUGGCAGUUUUGGGAUUCUGCAAAUUCUAAAUUGGUUGGGAGGGGGAGAAAAGUGUACUAAUUGACUUAAAACAAGUAUUAACGAUUGGACUGCCUCUAAUAUUUCUACUGUGCAAAGCUCAACUGAAUUGGAUGGGUUAAUUUGCUGCACUAAUGUCGACUCGCCCACGCUUCUGGCCUUUCCUGCCAAACGAAACACUGAGCUCAGCAGAAUUGAUGUAGUAUGCUGAGUCACAGUAGGAUUUCCCCUGCAACAUGGAUAGAAGACGGACUCUAAAUUUGCUCUUAAAUUAUGUUUUCUUUUGUUUUAAUGUAGUGGAGGAUAGAGUUGCAAUUGCAGUGUUUUCUCUACAACACAGAUAAUAAGGAUUGGUAAUCCAAAAAUGUUGGUUCAUAUUUUUCAUGUGACUUCAGUCUUUUCUUUACUUAUUGGUACUUUGUGGCCCUACUUUCCCCAAAACAAUUUUAAACCACAUUGUCAUGUAAUUUUUUGACUUGGAUUGUAAUAACCUAAAACCAGUGUUUUGGAAAUCUAUGUAUUUUCCUCCCUCACUCCCCAAUCAUUUCCUUUUCAUACCAUUUAGAAUUCAACUCGAGUGGUGCCAGAAAAAUGUAAUUCUUACUUUUUUUUUUUUUUUCGACUUACGAACUGCAUUGCAGAGGCACGAGGUAUUCCAACAACUCCUGCUGAGCACUCUGUCCUCUACUGUUGUAACAUGGAAAAACAUGCAGGGGUUAUAAAUUCAAUAAAUUGAACUGAAAUUGACAA